AUGUCGUGGCGAAGCCUUGAUGACAUGAAGCACAUCACUCAAGGGGUUGACGUGGUCAACCCUGAGUACAAGCACCCUCAGCUGGUGAUUGUUAACGAUGCCUUUGUGCUUCCCAACACCUUGGCCACCCAAUUCACUACCCUGUUCAUGAAAGGGAAGCUCUUCAGCGGCAAGGACCCAACCCAGCCCCGACCGUCCGACGAAGAUGAGCAGGCCCUCUUCUGCCGGCCCUACAGAGAAUGGGCGCCGGCGCCGUACAACAACCCCCGGAUCCGGGUCGACAACGCUCUCAGCCGCACGAUCAGCAUCAUCGGGGGCAUGGGGGAUCUCCUGAGCAUCGUCAUGACCACGAGCACCGAGUGCGACCGCGACCUGCACCACAUGAAGACGCGGCUGCUCCACGGCCUGCCGCCCAUGUCGCUCGCGCGAUGGCGCCAGAAGGGGCUUCACGAGCUCGCCAACUUUGAGCGCGCAUGCGAGCACCUCAGCCAGGUCGUCGACGCGUUUGAGUAUAUUAAUCUCCCGCAGACGCAGGACCGCAUGCGCAAGGCGGCCAACGGGGUGUGGGACACGUGCAGCGAUUUCGAGAGGGCGCGCUGA